AUGUCGCUCUGGUUCUCCAACUCCGCCUACAUCUACCUGUCCGUGUCGUUCAUCCAGAUGCUCAAGGCGCUCAUGCCCGUCGCCGUCUACUCCAUCGGCGUCCUCUUCAAGAAGGAGACCUUCAGGUCCUCCUCCAUGCUCAACAUGCUCUCCAUCUCCUUCGGCGUCGCCAUCGCCGCCUACGGCGAGGCACGCUUCGACAUCCUGCUCACAUCCAAGGGCAUCUCGCUCAACCCUAUCACCUCGCUCUACUAUGUCGCGCCGUGCUGCUUCUGCUUCCUCGUCGUGCCCUGGGCCUUCGUCGAGCUGCCCAGGCUGCGCGCCAUCGGCACCUUCCAACCGGAUUUCUUCAUCUUUGGGACGAACUCACUCUGCGCCUUUGCGCUCAACCUUGCCGUCUUCUUGCUAGUCGGCAAGACCUCGGCGCUGACCAUGAACGUCGCGGGAGUAGUCAAGGACUGGCUGUUGAUUGCCUUCUCGUGGUCCGUGAUCCGGGACACCGUCACCCCGAUCAACCUGUUUGGCUACGGGAUCGCGUUUUUAGGGGUGGGCUACUACAAUCAUGUCAAGCUGCAGGCGCUCAAGGCUAAGGAGGCGCAGAAGAAAGCUGCCCAGGCUGAUGAGGAGGCUGGGUCGCUCUUGCUGGAGCGCGACGGGCACGGUGAUCGCAAGAGCGACAAUCAGGCUUAG